AUUCCCAUUUGACUGUGCCUGAUUCAUUCUGUUGAUAAAGUAGCUUGAUAGCUCAAAAACCAGUUAGCAUUCGGUAGUAAUUAUUUGCACAAUUACUCAUUGAUAAGUGUACGUAAUAAAUAACUAAUCGCAUCGAUUAUAUGGGCGAAAGAGUACGUGCUCGUCGAUGUUGCGUCACAACGCUAUAAAAGUAUUAAAAUGCUCUUCGAAAAGCCCCACAAGUGUAACUCGUCGACGGCGGACCUAAUUUUCGACGAAGCCUGCCUCGACAUCUCGAAUCAUCUCCAGGAAAGUAUUAGAAUUUCGGGCCAGUACAAUGAAUGCGACGGUUGCGAGUUCGAAACGCUGGCCGUCAUCGACGGCAAGACGAACACAUCGAUAUUGGUGAACACUCGUUAUAGUCUACACGUAAACUACACUUACAACAAUGUCACGUGCGAGCACGACAAGUUAUUCUACGAACAUUACCGAUAUGGGUGGAAUUUGACUGAAAACUGUUCACGUAUUGAAAUUAAGGAACAGGCCGAUAGCGCUUACUUACCGAUCCUUACCGCUUUCAUCGUACUGUUCGCUUUCGGCACAUUGUGGUACAUGGUAAAGUGCGUCUAUAAGUGCACGAAGAAUAACGACAUUUGGAACAAGUACAUCUUCCGUUAUGCCCGAACGGAAAACGAUCAGGGCAGUCCCCUGGACGGCUCAUCUUUGGUCAUCGAAAGGCCGCCAACCAUACGCAAACACCCGCAUCGCAUCAAAUCGCUCGACGUCUUUCGCGGCCUCUGCAUCUCGAUAAUGAUCUUCGUCAACUACGGCGGCGGACGGUACUGGUUCUUUCGGCACUCGGUGUGGAACGGACUGACGGUCGCCGACCUGGUCUUUCCAUGGUUCGUGUGGAUCAUGGGCCUGUCUCUGACGGUUUCGUUGGGUAACAGGUUGAGGAGGGCGGUGCCGCGUCGCCAGCUAUUUAUGAGCGUCGUUCAGCGAUCCCUUCUACUGAUCUUUAUUGGAAUUAUUUUGAACUCGAACGAUAUUCGCACUCAGACCCUCGCUUCGUUGCGGUUUCCGGGUGUGUUACAAAGGCUCGGUCUUACGUACCUUAUCGUUGGAGUUAUUGAGGUCGCUUUUGCUAAGAGAACGACUACAGUUAAUGAGUUUGGACGUCUGGCGUUCCUCGAGGACAUUCUCAUAGCAAUUCCGCAAUGGAUUGUCAUGCUGACCUUCAUUCUGAUACACACCCUCAUAACCUUCUUGGUGGAGGUGCCCGGUUGUGGACGGGGCUACAUGGGACCCGGCGGGCUUCACGAUCUCGGCCAUCACGUGAACUGCACGGGCGGGGCCGCCGGAUACAUCGACAGGCUGGUGUUCGGCGCGCACAUGUACAGCAGACCCACCUGUCGCGUUCUGUACGAGACGACUCUCAAUUACGAUCCGGAAGGUAUCCUCGGAACGCUAACUGCCUGCUUUUUAAUGUACUUGGGAGUACAGGCCGGUCACAUCUUGCUCACGUACAGUAAUGUUAACACACGCAUUAUUCGAUGGAACAUUUGGGGAUGCGUAAUGGGCUUAAUCGGGGGCGCUUUGUGCGGCUUCUCGAAGAACGGCGGUCUGAUUCCUAUAAACAAAAAUUUGUGGUCGUUGUCUUUCGUCUUGGUCGUCGGCGGUUUGGCAUUUCUGAUCCAGGCUUAUCUUUUCCUGCUGGUGGAUAUUAUGCGCAAGUGGGGCGGACGUCCCUUAUUCUAUCCCGGCAUGAAUUCGCUUAUCCUAUACAUCGGGCAUGUGCUUUUGAAAGGCACCUUCCCUUUCGCUUGGCUUCCCACGAGUCAAACGCACGGAGCCUAUCUCUAUAUGAAUUUGUGGAGUAUGGCGCUGUGGGUCGCCAUCUCCAUAUAUUUGUAUAAGCGUAACACUUUUUUCUCAAUCUAGUUUUGUAUAAGUGUAAUUGGACUGGUAGUUAAUUAUCUUAGUUAUUAACGUUGUAACAUGUGAUUUAUGAUAAUUUUAAGAAAAAGAUGGCGUAAUUAAUGAGUUUAAUUGUGUGUAUUGUAAUGCAUAUUUUUUGAAUAAAUAUUUCAGUUAGC